AUGUUGUAUUUGGAGGACUACUUGGAAAUGAUUGAACACUUACCACAAGAACUGAGAGAUCGGUUUACAGAAAUGCGUGAAAUGGAUCUUCAAGUUCAUAACGCGAUGGACAACUUGGAAGAGCAGACCAAACAGUUCUUCGGCAACGCAAAGGUGAUGAAAGCGGAUCAGAGAGACGUCGAGUACGACCGCAUCAAACAGGUUUGAAUCACAUGUCCAAUACAGUGCCCAA